AUGGCCCCCAACUUGCAUCACUAUGGAAGGGCCGAAGUGGUCAGGCCUGGGACGAGGGCCGUGGCGGAGGGAGGUGCGGGCGGCGAGGCGUACGAAAGGAAGAAGCCGGCGGGCAGCGCAGCUGGUUCGAGCAUGCUUAGCGGCGGCGUGAGCAGCAUACCGCGGUCCCCGGCCACCAUGCUCACCUGUACUCGACGCACGUGCCUGUCCCCGUGUCUCACCGCCCUCGGCUGGCCGCCCCCGCGUGGCCUCGCCGAUCUCCCUGCCCGCGCGAGCGAGUUCGCGAGGAUUAGCCGGAAGAGCAUGGCGGGCUCGCGGGAAGUGCGGAAGGGAGGGUGGCGGCGGCAUUACUGCAGGCGGCGUGGGUGA